AGGGAGAUGUGUCUGCGGAUUUCAUUGAUUCAGAGACUUCCGAGGAAGAAGUCGUCUCUGUGAAACGCCAGAAGGAGCUCCAACUGAAUGCAGAAAAAAAUCUUUGGGAAAUGUUGUUGAUGAAGAAGGAUGCCAGCAAGCCUAAAUCAAACUUUGCUCAUAAUUUGGAACAAAGAAAUAAUAUAUAUGAAAAUGUUGACUGGCUAAGUAAUAAUGAAAGUAAAAAACAAUAG